AAAGUUACUCGAGCAAUUAAAAAUAAUUGCUUGAUAAAGAAUAAGGUUUAUUUAUUCAGUAGUCGCCCGCUACCAAAAUGUUCCGAUUGGGUUAUGGGCUGGUCGAAAUUGUUUUGUUAUCAUGUUUUUCUGUUACGGUGAAUUCGUACCUGGUCCGCAACCACCCAUGCUGCCAAGAGCCGAGCGAGAACCUCACGCUGGCGAUGGUGAUCGACGCAUACGAGAUCUACGGGCACGACCCCACGGACAAGCUGGACCACCUGGCCCAUUACCAGAUAGAAAUGAUGAAGAUAAAGCGAGCUCCAGACCAGUAUAUAAUAAACGAGCACGUCCACAUAGCGACUGAUCAUUUAGCACGGUUUAUUCAUAUGCAUAUUAAGGAAUUGAAGGUGUUGUUGAUAGCGCUAGACGACGCCAUAGACAACAUGCUGACGAUGUACGACAACCACAACGCCAUAAAGACGGAGCGAGUGGCGACUUUCAACUCUGCUAUCGGUGGUGCUGUGCCGGCUGAAUUUUAUUUGAGCCAAGAGUUCUACUGCGGCAAGAACGUUUACAUAUUCCUGUCUGAGAUCUACACGGACAUCUACAACAUGGGUCGAGGCACGACCCCCUACUGCCAAGGGCGAGCGUUCCACUUCCUCGGUUUCAUGCACUUCCAGGAUGACGACCGCUACUAUUUGGAGGAGGACCCUUCUGUCGCCUUCCAGAUGGAUAAUUACAUCCAUGGGCUUGAAUGUCAUCACGGAAUUUGUAUCUUUAGGUUCCCAUUCAAGAAGAAUCUACAACACGUCCGCGACAUCACAGUCCUCCCCAAAGCGAUCGUCAAGUGCGGGUUGGUGACUUACAAACUACCCCCUCUCACGGCCGCCUCUUGCAUCAUCGCGUCUGGGUCCUUCAUCUUGGACUUUAACAUACAGGGCCUGAGGUUUAGGCACCACGACUACUUGCUUUCCAUUCCGAGUGGCGCGACGUACUACACUAAGGAGCCGCAAUCUCCAAUGGUGUGUGACCAUCAUGCGUGCGAGUGGAACAACACAAAUUUCUAUGGAGGACCGUUUGUGGUGCCCGGCGACCCGGGCGAGGGUCUGUCCCCCCCGCCUCCCUUCAUAGAGCGCACUACCGAGGCUUUCGUGUUCACAACCCUGCCCCCAACCGGCAACGACGACAACUACACAUAUAGCUUGGACGGUUGCUGGUUCAUGUUCCCUCCUAAUUACGGUUCCAUCGCCGGCAUCAGCUACCUCGAUCCGUUGUCUAUACACGAGUACCGGUACACGUGUCAAAGUUCCGGUAACAAGGGUCUGUACUGGUACCCGCAAUGGAUGGGCGCUCCUCCCCACCACCCCUACCCGCAGCCCGGCGACGUGCCCAGCGACAACUCCGCGCCCUCCCCCUUCUACCCCCACCAGCAGGAAAACAUCAAGAUGCAGCCCAAAGCCUAGCUACCUUAAUAAAACUUAUGUUAAAACUUGUUAUUUUACUCAUAAGAGACUGUGUGACUCUGUGACAUAAAGUCCACUCUUUCUCACUCUCAACUCUACGAGUCUUAUACAUUCUGCCUCUAACAGGAAACCCUGACGCCCGAAACUACUUUAGCUUCCUUAUUAAACUUAUGUUAAAACUA